CGUAAGAAGGAGGCCCGUCGAUGUCCUUGACUGCCCGGGACACCACCCGCGUUAUCGCGGGGUGGAGAAUGUGUCACCGCCGAGCUAAGAGGAGGCGCCCCCGGGCAAGCCGGGACCCCCGGGUGGGGCCAGGGCGCAGGCCGCCGGCAGCCCCUGCGGCCGGGUCGCGUCCAACAGGUUCCUGCAGCUCCCCUCACCCCUCUCCACGCCUCCCGGGUUUUCCCCUUGGCUCGGGGUUUCCUGUUUCAGUUCUCGGCGGUCUCCAGCAGCAGGUGCUGGUUUGCCAACCUCGGCUCCAGAGGCGGCGGCGAAGGAAAAGAGGGGAGGGGAAGGGAAAGGAGGGGAGGCGGCGGCGGCGGCACAGCCGGGUUCGCUCUCGCCCGCGGAGGAGCGGCACGCCCGGCCGGCAUGGGGGAGCCUCCCGCUCGCCCCGCACCCUAGCGGCGGCCGCGGCGGCCCAGGGCUGAGGCGGGAGGCGGCCGCCUGCCGGAGGGCCCCGGGGCUGCCCUGGCGGCCGGGGCAUGUUGUGAUGGCUGCUGAGAAGAGAAUGCAAGAAUACGGGGUGCUUUGCAUUCAGAAAUACAGAAAAAACAACAAGGUGGAGUCAAGUACACUGAACAGCUUCAUGGGCUUGAAGGAUCACCUGGGGCAUGACCUUGGCCACCUUUAUGUGGAGGGCACUGACCCACAGUUAAGUGCAGCUGUACCUUGGUCAACGGUAGAGAAACAAAUAAUGGAUACAGUUAAUGCUGGGAAGGAUGAAAAAGAGGUGUCUGAGGAGAAUGUAAGCUCUGGUGACUCAGAAGAAAGCACAAGUUCUGAUCAUGAGUCAGAGCAAUUGAGUAGCAUUUCCAUAGAGCCAUGCUCAUUGACCAAGACUCACAGACAACUGUGUAGGUCUCCCUGUUUGGAGCCUCAUGUACUGAAGCGCAAUGAAAUCUUGCAAGACUUUAAACCAGAAGAGUCUCAGACGGCAUCCAAGGAGGGGAAGACACCUCCUGAUGUGGUACGAGAAUACCAAACAAAACUGGAGUUUGCACUUAAGUUAGGUUAUUCUGAAGAACAGGUUCAGCUUGUGCUAAACAAACUUGGUACAGAUGCUUUAAUCAAUGAUAUUUUGGGAGAACUUGUCAAACUUGGAAAUAAAAGUGAGGCUGAUCAAACAGUUAGUACCAUUAACAGUAUAAUGAGGGAAACAUCUUCCCUGGAAUCUCAGCGGUCUGAAUCUCCAAUGCAAGAGGUUGUAACAGAUGAUGGUGAAAAUCUGAGACCAAUAGUUAUAGAUGGUAGCAAUGUGGCAAUGAGCCAUGGAAACAAAGAAGUAUUUUCCUGCCGAGGAAUAAAGUUGGCAGUGGAUUGGUUUUUGGAAAGAGGCCAUAAAGAUGUUACAGUCUUUGUUCCUGCGUGGAGAAAAGAACAGUCCCGGCCUGAUGCUCUCAUCACAGAUCAAGAAAUUUUACGUAAAUUGGAGAAGGAGAAGAUCCUGGUGUUCACUCCGUCUCGGCGAGUGCAGGGCCGGCGAGUGGUGUGCUAUGACGACAGGUUCAUCGUGAAGCUGGCUUUUGAGUCAGACGGUAUUAUUGUGUCCAAUGAUAACUACAGGGAUUUGGCGAAUGAAAAGCCAGAAUGGAAGAAGUUCAUAGAUGAGCGGUUAUUAAUGUAUUCAUUUGUCAAUGACAAAUUCAUGCCUCCUGACGACCCUCUCGGCAGACAUGGCCCCAGUCUGGAUAAUUUUCUGAGGAAGAAACCUAUUGUUCCUGAACACAAAAAGCAACCUUGUCCAUAUGGAAAGAAGUGUACCUAUGGACACAAGUGCAAAUAUUACCACCCCGAAAGGGGCAGUCAGCCUCAGCGGUCAGUGGCUGAUGAACUCCGUGCCAUGUCUAGAAACACAGCAGCCAAAACCACGAAUGAAGGAGGGCUGGUGAAAAGCAACAGUGUUCCUUGUAGCACUAAGGCUGACAGCACUUCUGAUGUGAGACGAGGUGCUCCAAAGAGGCAGUCAGACCCAAGCAUAAGGACUCAAGUCUACCAAGACCUAGAAGAAAAGCUUCCCACCAAAAACAAAUUGGAAACCAGGUCUGUACCUUCCUUAGUUAGUAUGCCGGCUACUUCUGCAAAACCCCAAAGCACUGCAUCUUUAAGCAAUGGCCUUCCAUCUGGAAUUCAUUUCUCACCUCAGGAUCAAAGACCACAGGGACAGUAUCCUCCAGUGAUGAUGGCAACCAAAAAUCAUGGAACGCCAAUGCCUUAUGAACAGUAUCCAAAAUGUGACUCGCCUGUUGACGUUGGGUAUUAUUCCAUGCUGAAUGCAUAUUCAAAUCUGAGUAUCUCAGGCCCACGCAGUCCUGAAAGGCGUUUCUCCUUAGACACAGAUUAUAGAAUAAGUUCCGUCGCUUCUGACUGCAGCAGUGAAGGGAGCAUGAGCUGUGGGAGCAGUGACUCCUACAUGGGGUACAAUGACCGGUCCUAUGUCAGCUCUCCCGACCCACAGCUAGAAGAGAAUUUGAAGUGUCAACACAUGCACCCUCACAGCCGCCUUAAUUCCCAACCCUUCCUGCAGAAUUUCCACGACCCCUUAACCAGAGUGCAAAGUUACAGUCAUGAAGAACCAAAGUUCCAUCACAAGCCUCCUCUUCCACACUUGGCUGUGCACCUGCAGCACCCGGCUGUGGGUGCCCGGUCCAGCUGUCCCGGCGACUACCCCUCUCCACCAAGCUCAGCACAUCCUAAGGCGCCACACCUGGGGAGGUCCCUGGUGGCCACGAGAAUAGACAGCAUUUCUGAUUCUCGCCUCUAUGACAGCUCUCCUUCAAGACAAAGGAAGCCUUACUCCCGCCAGGAUGGGCUGGGGAGCUGGGAUCGGCCGAGUUACGGGAUCGAUGCCUACAGUUAUCGGCAGACUUACUCCUUGCCUGAUAACUCCACACAGCCAUGUUACGAGCAGUUCACCUUCCAGAGCCUACCUGAACAGCAAGAGCCAACUUGGCGGAUACCGUACUGUGGGAUGCCACAAGAUCCUCCAAGGUACCAAGACAACCGGGAAAAGAUUUACAUCAACUUGUGCAACAUCUUCCCACCCGACCUGGUGAGACUGGUCAUGAAGAGGAACCCUCACGUGACAGACGCCCAGCAGCUGGCUGCAGCCAUCUUAGUGGAGAAGUCACAGCUGGGUUAUUGAAAGAUGCUGCAUCUUCUUGGUGUAGUUUUUUGUUCAGCUCAAAUGCUGAGGGAGGUUUGCUACAAUAGCACAUGUGAUCUCCUUCUCAGCAAGGAGGUUAUAUAGUAUCCAUUUAUGUGAAAUACUGUAUCAUGGAAUCUGUAUGUAUAGCCCCACUAGGAGGAAGUAUCACGGGAUUGCUUUACCUUUAAACUUUUUUUUAAAAUUUCCUUUUUAAAGCUAUAUCCUUGGCUGGAAAUUUUUCCAGUUUGAUUUAAUAGAUGUAUCUGUGAUCUUUGAUAAUAAUCUGGUGCAUCAGGGGUUUAUAUGCAGCACUUUUUAAUCCUUGUUUCAUGUUUUAUUAACUUGGUGUUUGUCCAUCAAUUGCAAGCAAUUACAGUACCUUCAGAAUGUGGAGCAUUUGACUAGACCUAGCAAACUAUUUUUUCAAGCCAAGCUUACUUAGACUCUUUUACAGCUUUUUAAGUUAUUUUUAUUUGGGGAAAGUGGGCUUCUUUGUGCUAUAAUCAUUAUUUAUAGAAACAAAGAUAUCUAUUAACACUGACUUUAUACUUUAAACAAAAUGUAAGUUACCAGUUUAUGUUGAAAUGGGUAACAGUAUAUAUUAGAAUGAUUUACAGUAUGGCACUUUUCAUUGUGUUUUUUUUUUUUUUUUUUUAGAUUUUUUCUGUUAAGAAAUUAGUUAAUUUAAUAUGGUCGAUUUAAAAGAAAGCAGAUGCAAUCAAUGGAAAAAUUGUUUCCAUUUUUUUUUAAUAUAUAAGGCAAAAGCCGUAACUAUUACAGGUUAGAGUUUUGUUAUCCAGCUAUGAUGUGCUUCUGACAGCUGAAAUGGAAUUGAAUUCCUAGACUUCCAUUAACCUGUAUGUUUAAUAUGUCUGUGUUUUUGUUUGAGGGCACAACAAUACUGGAUAAAAUAACCCUUUCGCAGUACUUGCCUGUUUUUAAUGAAUCUAAUUAUUCUCAAUGCAACUUUUAUAUUUAAUAGACUCUUCAGCUUCCCUGCUGUUUAUCAAGGCUGGCCUGGGGUGGCUUAUGUGUUGAGCAUAUGCAACAUGUAUUGAUACUGCACUAUAGAAAUGGUGAUGGAGGAGAUGGGAAUGGUAACUUAAAAUUUUUGUAAGAUAUUGUAUAUUUUCCAUUUUCCUGAUGGUAGUUUUUUUUUGGGGGGGAGGGGGCCUGUUAUAUUAUUAAGGCCGGAUUCUUGCCACAAAUAGUGUAGUUUUAGAUACAGACUAAAGUCUGUUCUAGUAUUAGUAAGGGAUAUUUCUGGUUUCAAAGUUAUGGGUUUUGCUAGCUGCAGACGCAUUUCUGUGGAGUAAAAGACGGAUUCUGUAGUCAGUGGCAGACAGUUGUGUGACUGACAGAACUUUACUCUUGCCUCCAGAUUGUGAAUUUUACUCAGUGCAACACACACAUUCAGAUCUGUUCCUAUAGUCUGCCUAGAAGCCCUGGUUAUUCUAAUUAUUCUCCGUGAAUAAUGAAGUAAAACCCUGAAAAACCAGAAAGUACCUUUUACUGUUGAUACAAAUUGUAUCUUUUUAACUAUAAGAACUAUUUUGAUUUGUAGAUCUAGUUAAAAACACCAGUGUGUAACUAUGAUUAGACUUUUGGGCAACAUUUUAUCCCUUAUUUAAACACAGAUUUUAAAGUAAAAUUGAGGUCUAGAAUAGGUUAGAAAAUAAGAGUAACAGGUAAAUCAAAGUGUCUUGUCCUAGUUUUAUAUAUUAAAUAAGUUUAUUGGCAUUUUUCUUUCUCCUAAAACUUAUCUAGUGUGAACUUAACUUAAAACAAAGGUAAAAUGUUGCCUGAGAAUAACGUCCAAGCACCUUUGACUAGGAUAACAUUUCCACUACUUGUGUGACACCGUGUGUCACACGAAGUAGGAUUUGGGUAUAUAGUAAAUGCUUCUAAAAGGCAUUGUGCAUACUGACAAAUCCAAUAUUCUGAACCGUGUUCAGCAAACUUAAUUCAGGAGAGUGGUGGUCUACACAGUUAUCGCUAUUGUGUUUGAAAGGGGUGUGGUGCUCAUCUGUACCCAGAAGUGGUAUGGAUGAUGCAACACCAACCAUUCCGAGUGGUGUCUGUGUGAGAGCAGCCCUACUCGUGCAUGAAACUGUUCUCCUUGAUUUUGUCGGUCACUAUUUAUAGAACAAGUUUAAAUGUAGAGGCUAACCCAGUGCCAAAAGUAAGGCCACAGACGUGUAAUACCUCUUACUUUAGUCAUGUUCCCAGGCUGGUUUUAGUUUGAAAUCACUUGUAAAUUGAUGUAGGUUGCACUUCCAUUUUCUUCAUUCCAGCAUUUUAAUAAUUUGAAGAUCUGCCAGACUUUGCUAAAUUUAUUUAAACGAAGUCUUAGGUGAAAAGUAUACAGCACUUUUAAUUUGAUUUUCUAGUGUCUCCAGCUAUUUGUCAUUGCUUCAUGGAUUUUAAACUAUGGGAAAAUAGCAUAGCCAGCUGCCACCCAUCCUAAAGUGAGUAGCUCUGAACUGCCCACGCAGAAAUCCUUCAGUACGUGUGUGACUAAUUACAAAGGUUUUUUUUUUUUUUUUAACUAGCAGUUUUCUUAUUUCAAGAGGACAAUUUGUCCCCUUUGUUUUGAAGCACAAACAUUGCCUCCAGAAUGUAAGAGUGAGAUAAUUGGCAGACUUUAUAUACAGCAAAUUCUUAUUUAUCUGAAGCAAUAAGUAAAAGGAUUCCAUCAUUAAAUUAUAUCCACAGCUAAAAAAAAAAAAAACUUAUAUCCACAGCUGACACAAAUCUUCAUUUUAGCCAAAAAUUCCUUUCUACUCAAAUAUUUUACCAGACUUGCUAACAAGUAGCUAGAAAGAGGUGUGUUAAUGAGUGAAAAUGCCAGAUGUGGUCAACUGAUAGACGAAAAGGAUUCGGACCGCAGUAUUUUGCCCCUGAAUAAUUGACAGUUGACUGUACUUCACACAGUAAUUUAGCCAGUGUGUCAUCUCUGUGUCUGAGUCCAGAGGGAAGUACCCAACCGGCCAAGUCCUGGCCCUUGGUAUUUCUUCCUUUAUUGCAUGUGACACAAAUGUUUUCCAUCUCAUUUUUAUGAUGUCUGUAUCCUGAUAGAGUUUGUCAUUGACCUAUAAACAUUUGAAAGAAAGCACACCAGUAUGAAAUAUUCGAUACUGGUGGAAACUUGAAUUUUGUGUUUUUUUGAAAAUUCAUUUAUAAGAAUGUGUAAUAUAACUAAAAAGAAUAUUUUAUAUUAAUACACACACACACAUACAUGUUUGUUACGAGGUACUAAAAAUGGGGGAGGGGUGCUAUUGAUGGCUAACUUUUCCCUGAUCGAACUAUGUUUUUUUGAGUUGUAGAUGACCAAGUCCAGGAUCUGGAUGGCCAAUAUUUAGAACUACUUGAAUGGAAAGCAAUUCUCCACUGGUUUUAUUCUGGGUAUUUUUUAAAAAAUAUUUUGAUAAUUUUAAUAGAAUGUGUAAUUUUAAAAUACACAAAAAACUUAAAGUAGUAUUAAUUAUACAAAUAAUUAUUUAACAUGUCUUUUAUGGAUGUAUCUAUAUGUAUAUAGACAGUAAUAUAUUUAUAAAACAAAUAUACUUUGUUUUGUAGCUGUUCAUGACAGGUGGGAGGGUGUGUGUGUGUGUGUGUGUGUAUGUGUGUGUGUGUGUUUUGAAAACUCAAGCUGUUUCGCUCUGAGUUAAUGAUGCUUAAAGUAUAUUUGAUUUUUGUUAUUCUUUUUUCUGUCCAACUCCCUUAUUCAAGCUAGAAUAAGAGGAACUGUUUUCUGGCUGUUCUUUCGGUGUGUGGCUAACCCAUUUUAUUAUCUUCUAACUCCUGGAGAAGUCCUGAAUCAGACAGAUUAUGGAUAGAGACAGCACUUAGAUUCCAAAUCCACAAAGAUGAAGACUUAGCCAAGAUGGUAAGCUCCAAGGUAUACACAAAUAAAAAAGUACAAAUGCAUGAUAGAGAAAGAAAAGUGUUAAUAAAAGAGAAGAAACAAAACUAUUUUAGAUCAGUUUAGGACCAUCCUCUAGGGUAGGGGUUGACAGACUUUUUCUGUAAAGGACUAGCUAUAAAAUAAUUCAGGCUGUGAUAAUCAUAUGCUCUUAAAAACCACUUACCUCUGCCUCUAUAGCAUAAAAGCAGCCACAGAUAAUAUGUAAAUGAACCAGUAUUCCAAUAAAACUAUUCACAGAAACAGGUUAACAGGCCAGAUUCUGCCUGUUUGCCAGUUUGCUGAUCCCUGCCCUAGAGGGAGAGAAAUGGGGAUAUUAAAUAGUAGUAAUUCUUGCUAUAUGUUAAUAGGAGAAAUAAUAAUUGAAUUUCGGUUGACAUUUUUUAAAAAUCUGAUAGUUAUUGAUGUCCUUCAAAAGGAUUAUGAGACGAUAAAGCAUCUUAAUUCAUUUGUGUCUUUCACCUGAUCACACUCAUUAUUUAUUAGAGGUAUUUCUUGUGUAUCAUCACAAAAACAAUUCUGUAAAAAGAUGUUUUAAUAAAUAUUGAUAUUUUUCCUGAACUUUUCAUUUCUAUUGAUAAACGGGAAUCCCCUUACCUGCCUUUUGUUUUUUUCAUGACCUCAUGAACCAAAAAUAUCUGUUGUAUUUUGAAAAUUGGCAUGCAAUUAAUCACAAAUAUUUUAAAGACUGAAUUUAUCAGUUACAUUUGUCUGUUGGUUUUAGCUUCUAAUAAGUGACAGAUCAGCCCUUUAAAAAAAUGGUUUUAAAGAAGAUAAAUAUAUUGUAAAUUCACAUACUAUAGCUUUAUUCUGUAAGAUUAAAAAUUGUGACUAGUAUAAUUGUACCUAUAAGGUUUGUAUAUUUGUUACAUUGUGACCCUUUAUAAGAAACAAAGUGUAUGUAUCCCUGCUUUCUCUGUCCAAAUCUUUAGCAUAGAUUUUUUUAGAUGCCUUGGAACUGUCCAUGGUGAAUGAUAAUCUUACUAUGAUCAUGUGUAACUUUGAAUUCAUUGGAAGAACACACUGCAUGUUCAUUCGUGGUGGUUUAUACAUAGUGUUACAUCAAUAAUAUCACUUUUAUAAGAACAUUAAAUAGUUGUGAGCCUCAUCUUCUACUUAAGUAUUAUACUUCUUUUUAAUUAGAAUACAACUUUGGUUUCUAACAGUGUUUAUUGUUUUAAAUGUUUACUUCAUUUUUUUUCUUUAAGGCUUUCUGUUGAAUCGCUUAUUACUCCUGUUACAGUAACACUGUUAAGUAUUAGAAGUGACUUUUUUCCUAAAAUCCUUAGUCUUUCAGAUUUGAACACAGUUUAAGGUUUUGACCACUUGGCAAUAGAAAAUAUCUGUGCAUGUUUCAUAUGGUUUUAUAAAAUCUGUAAAGUUUCGCUCCUUCAACUUUGUACCACGUUUCCGUCCAAGUAUUUCAGGUGAAUAACAAAAUGUUCCCCAUUAAAGCUUUUGCCACCUUCUUUCCAGCACCUUGUGUCCCAAGGAAAAAAGACAUUAAAGAGCAAUGGUUUGUUUUAUAAAGAAUGUGUUUUAGGUUUCCUUCCAUUUUUUUGAAUUGUAAAUUUUCUGUCUAAUAUGAAGUAUCCACAAACAUGCAAACUUCUGCAGAUAUAGCAUCUCAUUGCUAGUAUAUAGAUUACUGAUUUUUUUUUUCUUUGAGGUUUUUCCUUUCAAACCAUAAUUGUAUGCAGAUACUAGAAUUUCUCAUUUGAUCCUGCAAACUUUUCUUACAGGAAAAGUAAGACAAAGAAUACUUUUAGACCAAACAUCUGAUGUGAUUCUAAUUGUCCUCUGUCUGUUCCGUAUUUCCAUAAUGGAUUUUUUUAAUUCCAUAAGCAGUACUUUAGACGUACUGGAAAUCCGCAUCAGAACAGCUGUGUGAUUCUGACACUGAGGGAAAAAAUUUAAAACUUCAUUUUUCUUAUGAUGUUUUGUUUUUUCUUUCAUGAAGAAAUUGACCCCCUUUGGCAGCAUAGACGCUAAACAGACAAGCACACAGCCUUCCCCACUUGCCUGCAUCGUGAGCGUCUGCAGGAGCAGGAGCAGUGUGAGCUGAGCCGAAAUUUAUUCCUACAAAAAUUGAAUCAAGUGUCAAAGACAACUAAUCAUAACACAUGAUGAGAGUGGGGUUUUCUUGUUGUGUUUUGUUUUCCUAAUCUGUCAUUAAAGUGUUUGUUUUUGGCAGUUUUGAAAUAUCAUCGGGUGUCUGGCUGAGACAGAGUGAUUGUUGAUAGGGACCUGGUCCAGUGAGUUUAUAGAAAACUUCAGAGGGCAUGGGCAUCCUCUGUCAUGUGGUUUGAAAGUGUUGACAAGACCCAUCCUGGUGUGCGCAAGGACGGGCGCUGACUGGGCACAGAUCUGGCUGGAGCCCCAGCAGGGCUGACGUGACCUCUGCGUCCAGGGAUUUCACCUGGUGCCAUUCAGGCUGGGAUCUACAGGGCAAUAGAGUCAAUAGGCAUAAGGAUUAAAAAAAAUAGAUGAGGGCGGUGCCUGCGGCUCAAAGGGGUAGGGUGCCAGCCCCAUAUGCCGGAGGUGAGGGGUUCAAAGCCAGCCCCAGCCAAAAACUGUAAAAAAAAAAAAAAAAAACAGAUUAAACAGAUCAUAUAAACAAAAAUUCCUUUGCUAGCUGGGAAUAAAAACAUGGAUCAGUGUGGGGAAAUGUUCAGGUUCUGAGAAAUACCCGCAUGGGUGGAAGGAGAUCCCAGGCCUCUGUCAGGUACGGUACUCAAGGGGUGAAUCAGUGCCGCAGGUGUCACUAAGGUGACUGUACACAAGCAGAUAGGACACGGUGUGUAGAAUCCGGGCAGACCUUUCAGAGUGUGCUGCAGGUGUCACUAAGGUGACUGUACACAGGCAGAUAGGACAUGGUGUGCAGAAUCUGGGCAGACCUUUCAGAGUGUGCUGCAGGUGUCACUAAGGUGACUGUACACAGGCAGAUAGGACACGGUGUGCAGAAUCCGGGCAGACCUUUCAGAGUGUGCUGCAGGUGUCACUAAGGUGACUGUACACAGGCAGAUAGGACAUGGUGUGUAGAAUCUGGGCAAACCUUUCAGAGUGUGCUGCAGGUGUCACUAAAGUGACUGUACACAGGCAGAUAGGACACGGUGUGCAGAAUCUGGGCAGACCUUUCAGAGUGUGCUGCAGGUGUCACUAAGGUGACUGUACACAGGCAGAUAGGACAUGGUGUGUAGAAUCUGGGCAGACCAUUUAGAGUCCUUUUCAAACACAGUGUGAAAGGAAGUGAACGCUCAGCUCACAAGUUUAUUGUUAUCAGUGUAACAGCAGCAGUGUUUGUGGGACUUGUGGAUAAUUCAAGGACAAAUGCAGAUAGGUAUAGUCCUGCAUACACCCUGUUCUUGCUGAAGUAAGGCCGGAAUCUUUGCAUUAUUCCUUCCGUCCUGACCCAAUUGUUGUAAUCAUUUCCGACUUGGUAACUGUAUUGAAAUGUUCUAAUGAUUCGUGAUUUAGUACUUUCAUGUUCUCUGGCAGUGUGAAACCACUACUUCAGAAACAGAUUUUUCCUCCUUCAUUGUUUUUUAGACCUUUGCUUUUCUUGUUAUUUUUCCCUAAAAUUGCUAUUUGCUGUUUCAUGUAUUCUUUUUUACCACUUAAUUAUCUUGAGCUGUUUAACUGGGAUGUAGACAGUUUAUUUUGGCUCUGCCAGCAGAUUUGACUUUUGAUACAUAAUCGUUAGCAGAGGACUCAGCAUAUCCACAGUCAGCAUUGGGGGGAGGGGCUGCUCAGGUACUUUUGUGUGCAGAGGUGGGGAGUCCAGAAGAGCACUGGUUAGGCUGCCUCAUUAUUUCUGCACCUAAUACCACUAGUGAUAAAGUAAGUAGUGUUUGGGGAGGGGAGAGUUGUAAAAAUCAACCUGGAAUUAGGCAUCUCACUCAUUAAAAAUCCAUGCACUUGUUUGUACAUCAACCUCUGCUGCUAUUUGAGAGUUAAUGAUUUUCAUUUUAUUUAUUUAUUUAUUUUGAAGACAGUCUCACUUUGCUACUCUGGAUACAGUGCUGUACCAUCAUAGCUCACAGCAACCUCAAACUCUUGGGCACAGGUGAUCCUCUUGCCUCAGCCUCCUGAGUAGCCAGGACUACAGCCACCGCCCAACACCUGGCUAGUUUUUCUAUUUUUAGUAGAAAUGUGGGUUUCGCUCUUGCUUAGACUGUUCUCAAACUCUUGAGCUCAAGCAAUCCACCCACCUCAGCCUCCGUUUUCACCUUUGUUUUUAAAGGUUUAAAAGGAUUAAAAAAUUACUUUUAACAUUUUAAAGGUUUCCUUUUUUGAGAUUCUUUAAAUAACCUUUUUUUAAAAUGCUAUUAAAAAUGUUAUUAGAAAUGUUAUUUUAGGGCGGCACCUGUGGCUCAAGGAGUAGGGCGCUGGUCCCAUAUGCCGGAGGUGGUGGGUUCAAACCUAGCCCCAGCCAAAAACCACAAAAA